AUGAUGAGCUCGCGCUCCGACUCUGAGGGAGAGAUCCACGAACACGAGGUCGACAAGGCAACUACGGCUCAGCCAUCGUCAAGGGGCAUCAGCGUUGACCGUCAAUCCAGACCCCGCGCAUCAGAUCCGAGAUCUCCGAGGGACGCGUAUGAGGACGCUCCUCGCCGCAACCGCUCGCGCUCUCCCUACAGACACCGGUCGCCGCGCGGAGAAAAGCGCCGUCGGGACGAGGACUUCUACAGCGACCGAGAUCGUCGCGAUCCACGCCACUUCAAGGUCCGCUACGAGGAGAGGCGCACAUACGACGAUGAACGCCGACACCGUGUGUCCUACGCCGAUUUAGACCGUGGCAGCUCCUCUCGUCCAUCGUCGAGGUACGACGAUCCUCGCGACCGCGAUCGCAAUCGCUACAGCAGACACUCGACCCGAAGCCGCUCACCACCCCAUCGGGGAGGCCUGGACCGAGCCUAUGAUAGGCGCAAUGGAAGGCAUGAGCCGGAGCGGAGAGAUCGGAGACAGCAAGGCCGGGAGACUGGGGCAGAGUGGCGCUCACGGGAGCAUUCAGGGACCGAGCGGGUCAACGGUGGGCACGAAAGCCGCACGACCGCGCGACAAGAUGGCCCUUCUCGGGCCAAACAGCGAGAUGCACAGAAGGAUACGGCCGUGAGAUACUCUGAUGCUGAGGCCAGCCGCGGGGCCGAAGGUCCGAACGGAACGACCAGAGAUGCCGAAAUGGCCGACGCGAAUGACCAAGACCAACCCGAACUCGAACCCGAGCCCGUCAACUAUGAUGACGAAGUUGAGCGACGGCGCAAGAGGAGGGAAGCAAUCAAAGCUAAGUUCAUGGAUCAGCCUACGCCUCUGCGUGUUCAAGUUCUACAGCCUGGAAUUGAAUCCGGGCCUUCAACCCCACAGGCUGAAAGUCCUGGUGGUCGUACGGAACGUUCCGUCUCACCUAUGGUGACGUCACCUAGCACUCCUCAAGACAGCUCCGCGCCAGCCUCACCGCCCAUUGUUGCAGUCCAAAACGACGAGGAGCUUGCCAACCGCAAGCGUGUGGAUACCGCUGACGCCGAAGGACCCUCUGCUGCUGACUAUGACCCAAUCAUGGAUACGCAGGAGGACAGAGCCAUAGAUGGCCGACGACAAAGCCACGAUGUGUCAGCCACGGCCUACAACGAGGUCGAAGUUCAGCCGGAACCACGUGAGGCACCCAUCGCGGAAUCCAAGGUCGAGGAAUCGCCCGUGAAGAAGACAAAAGACGACUUUGACAUGUUUGCUGAGGAUGACGACGACGACAUGUUUGCUGCGACCCCUGUCAAAGUUAGCGAAGCGACCGAGAAUGCAAAGGCACCGCAAGUCAAAAAACUGGACAGCAGCAUGCUCGACGUUUGGGAUGAUCCGCAAGGGUACUACAAGGUCAUUCUAAAUGAACUUCUCGACGACCGAUACGAGGUCCAGUCUCGAUUGGGCAAGGGUGUGUUCUCGGAGGUUGUCCGCGCAAAAGAUAUCAGGACGGGCGAUAUUGUUGCCAUCAAGAUUAUUCGCAACGAUGAGAUUCUGCGGAAGGCCGGGGUUAAGGAGAUUGAGAUGCUGGAGAAGCUCAUUGACAACGACCCCGAAGACAAACGUCACUGCAUUCGACUUGAGAGGUCAUUCGACCACAAGCACCAUCUUUGCAUGGUCUUCGAGCAUCUCAGCAUCAACUUGCGUGAAGUCUUGAAAAAGUUCGGCCGCGAUGUGGGACUCCAUCUCAAGGCGGUCCGCUCUUAUGCUCAACAGAUGUUUGUCUCUCUAAGCCUGCUCCGCAAGUGCAACAUUGUGCAUGCGGAUAUCAAGCCUGACAACAUGCUGGUCAACGAGAACCGGACGAUUCUCAAGAUUUGCGAUUUGGGAUCCGCGGCGGACAUCUCAGAAUGCGAGGUCCCGGCCGGACUGUUGGUGAGUCGCUUCUAUCGAGCCCCCGAGAUUAUGCUGGGAAUCCCCCACGACUACGGCAUCGACAUGUGGGCCGUCGGUUGCACACUUUUCGAGCUCUACACGGGCAAGAUUUUAUUCACGGGACGCGACAACAAUCAAAUGCUACGGUCGAUCCAGGAAUGCCGUGGCAAGCUCAGCCCCAAGCUUCUUAAAAAGGGCUGGGCGGAGUACGUGUUUGACCAUUUUGACGCGAACCUUCAAAUGUUCAGGAGCGUGGAGACGGACAAGAUUACUGGAAAGGAUGUGACUCGCAUGCUGAACUUCGUCAAGCCGACUCGUGAUCUCAAGUCUCGCCUGAUCAGUAGCACCAAGGGAUUGAGCGAGGCUGAAAUCAAGGAGAUCAACCUCUUCUACGAUCUCCUGGACAAGUGCCUCGCCCUCAACCCUGAGAAGCGCAUCACGCCCACGGAAGCUCUCAAGCAUCCGUUUAUCCACCGCACCAAGGUCUAA